AGCAGUCCUUCCUUCCAAGGCAGGACAGCCAUUUCUUGCUACGAAUUGAACAUUGCGGGGACGGCAGUUCUGAGAGGCGUGUCGCACAGCAGAAUCCAGCGUGGUAUCGCUUCCUUCAGAGGCUCUCUUUCCUGAGCGUAUCUCAUUUUCAUAUUGGACCUCAUCUCAUAGCAUCGCGCCAUUGUUUGAGAGACAAAUGUCUUCGACGACUUCCGACGACACACCGCCUGCCGGCGUAGACGUGGACUCGGCGCAUUCUGCCGGCGCAGGCCGUGAAGCUGCCGAGGAUACUGCCCGGCCGCCGCCCCGCAAGCGGAGGAGAAUAGUCAUCUCGUGCACCGAGUGCCAUAGAAGAAAGCAGAAGUGCGACCGCAAACUGCCCUGCACAAACUGCGUCUCGCGCAACAAACAGGGCGCCUGCAGGUAUGACACGGGCGCGCCAACCGCCCGCCAGCAGCAGCAGCAGCAGCAGGACGGCACUGGAAAGCAACAGAGCGUCCCCGGGCGGGACUCGGAGACAUCGGCCUCUCCCCCGGUUCAUCAUCAUCAUCAUGUUGCUAGCAGCACCAGCACCAACAUGAACAGGACCACGCCCAGCGUACCCACUCUAGGGUAUACCUCCUCGUCGUCGUCUAACACGCUCACCUUCCUCUCACGCAUCGAUGCUGCCCAUGCGGAUUCGGAACCCCUCAGCACGGCGCUCGCGCCCCCGUCGGCCCAUGCGUCUGGGUCGGAUGUAGCUACUGCUGCGGUGGCUAGUCAGCGCUACAAAUCCCUCAUCCGCCAACUCCCAGCCCGGAACUACAUUGACGCGCUCAGCGCCGUCUACUUCCGCGAGUUCAACUGGCAGUACUACACGCUCGACCAGGCCACCUUUGAGCGGCAGCUCGCGGCUUGGUACCGCGUGCCCUUUGACGUGCUGUCGCCUGUUGUCAAAUCCGACAGGUCGGAUGCUGCCGACGGCAUGCCAAGGAUUUGCCUCCUUCCCGAGGAGAUGCGGGCGUUUCCUGGCUUGGUGUUUCAGGUCCUGGCGGUGGCGCUGUUGGUUGCGGAUGAGAAUGACAAGUGUCUUUCCGGGCUGAAGUAUGCGGGGGGUAUGACGUUUGCGGAUUUAGCGGUCGAGUAUAGUGAUGUCGGCAUGGAGGUGCUGGCGUUGCUUGGGAAGAGGUGCAUGGGGCUUACGACGAUUCAGGCCGGCUGGGUCAGGGCGGGGUUUUUGAAGUAUAUUGGUAUGGUUACUGAGUCGUGGCAUGCCAUUGGAGCGACCAUCAGGGACGCCCAAGAGAUUGGGCUGCACCGCGACAGGCUGGAUCCCAAGCCGGUCGGGGACACCGCCGAGGCCGUGCUGGAGUGCCAGUGGGAGGUUCAACGUCGGCGAAGGGUAUGGAUGAGCCUCGCGCAGUGGGACGCGCACAUGGCGUGUGUGCUUGGCCGCCCGACGACCAUCGAUUACCACAUGACACCCCCUUCUCUGCCCGUCGACGCGCCGGACCCCAAGGACUGCUCCCGGACGCCUGUGCUGCCCCGGGGCGAGAACGACCCGCCCACGCCGCUGACCAAGGCGCUCUGGGCGCACCGUCUCAUGGGCGUCAUGCACGAGAUCAUCCAGCUGGAAAAGGAGGGGCCGUGUCCCAAGGACUUUGGGCGCGUCGACAAGAUCCACAACGAGUUGUUCGAGAUUGUUGAGCAACUGCCGGCUUGCUUCAGGCUGGAAAACCCGGACACGCAGUGGGACCAUCUGGCCGAGUGCCACUGGUUGCCCUUGACUCGGCUCAUUAUCCCGCAGCUGUACACCUUUGAGUAUAUGGCGCUACACCGGCCGUAUAUUUUUACGCGCCCCAAGAGCCGCACAGAGGCGCUCAAGGCCAGCCUGGACAUGCUGCACGUGCAGAGGCUGUACUUUCAGGCGCUCAAGCCGCAGAUGUAUAGGUCAUUCUCGCUCUUCUACGGCUCCUUUGACGCCAUCGUGCUCAUGGCGUCCAUCUACAUCCUCUUCCCCAAGGAGCACCCGGACCUGGUGCACCGCGCGCUGCAGCACUUCCAGUGGGCCGUCGAGCGCUUCGAGGCCAUGUCGGCCACCAAUGCCCUGGCCAAGGCUGCCCUGGGCGUCCUGCAUGCCAUGUACCUGCGCCUGAAGAAGUCGCUGGGCAUCUCGGGCUCAAACAUCCGCGCCGCGCUGGCUUCGUGGUCGUCUGCCGCUGGCAGCCCUCCGGCUGGCGGCAACGAUGGCAAUGGCAACAGCCCUUUUCCGACUCAGUCCUUGGCUGCCGUGACUGAUACCGGCGGAUCUUUCACUACUACUGGUACUGGUAGUAGGACGACCGGCAACGCUACGAGCGGUUUCUCCAACCCCCUUGAUCACCAGCAGGCGCAGCACCACCGAGACAGCAAUUACUCAGCCACCGGCAGCACCUCAGCCUGCAGCGCCACGGGGACUACACCAUCCGAUUUCUUUUCCUCAGAAUCUCCCCACACCACCACCACCACACUAACUACCACCACCAGCCCCAACAACAACGACAACAACAACGGCGAGGGGACGGGGACAGCAGAGCAAGGGCAAGGAAUAGAAGCCUUAGACUGGAACAGCGUCGUGCCCAGCGACUUUGACUGGACCAGUCUGCAGCCUAUUCACGCCAUGAGUGACCUGCUGUACAACGAUCUUGUCACGGUGGGCGGCAGCAGCAGCUCAGGUUGGGGUGGUGGUGGUCAACAUCAGCAGCAAGGUCAUAGUUUGGAUAAUAUGGCAGGAGAAGGGGGUGGCUUUUUUGGUAGUCAUCAUCAAGUGGAAAAUCUGGCAGCCAAUGGCUUAGGUACCGGUACGGGAGGAGAUGAGCGUGGGAGUGGGAGUGGAUUGCAGUUUGGAGGGUUUGGGCUGGCUGAGGGGCCGUGCCAGUUUCAGUUUGAGGGGUGUUUUGGGGAUGAUAGUGUGUGGAGUCUGUUGAACCAGUACGCACCUUUGUGAUGUGCUUGCUGUUGAACGGGAGGGUGGGAGGUCAAGAAGGGUUUUGGUGUUGCUGGGCUUUUGAGUUCAAGUUUGGAUAUAAGUUGGGAGGGUGUAAAGCGAGGGGAUAACGGAGUUUGAAAGGUGAGGGUGUUGAUAUGGGAAUGGAGAGAUGGAUGUCGAUGCAGGGGCGCUAAGGAAUGGUUAUGGUGUCUUACACGGAACGUACAAUGAAUCGUUGGGAAUUUAUGGAUAUAGGUAUCGUUGGUUCGUUGCACGGCAGGGCCUAUUUGCAGAUAUCUGCACAGCAGUUGAAUGUUUAGCACACUAUAUACCAUAUGUGAAUCUGCGUGCUGGCUACAUGAUGCAGGGACUUGAUGCCGGACACUAUUAUCUUUCAACGCAGACAUA